CUUCCUCCUCCGCAGUUGAGAAGAGUGAGCAGAGCCUGACGACCCACUCAGCGCUGCCCUGUCACGUCCAUACUGCAGAGCCAUGGCCGCCCCGCUGUCUGAUAGCGAGAAGAGGAAGCAGAUAAGUGUCCGGGGUAUCGCAGGCCUCGGGGAUGUGGUCGAGGUCAGGAAAAGCUUCAACAGGCAUCUGCACUUCACCCUGGUGAAAGACAGGAACGUGUCCACCCCCAGAGACUACUACUUUGCCCUGGCACAUACCGUCAGGGACCACCUGGUGGGAAGAUGGAUCAGGACCCAGCAGUAUUACUACGAGAAGGACCCCAAGCGUAUCUAUUACCUCUCUCUGGAAUUCUACAUGGGCCGCACUCUGCAGAAUACAAUGCUGAAUUUAGGAAUGCAGCACGCUUGUGAUGAGGCUAUAUAUCAGCUGGGCCUGGACAUGGAGGAACUGGAGGAGAUAGAAGAAGAUGCAGGACUUGGAAAUGGAGGGCUGGGACGCUUGGCAGCUUGUUUUCUGGAUUCUAUGGCUACUUUGGGACUAGCUGCGUAUGGCUAUGGAAUUCGAUAUGAGUUUGGGAUCUUUAACCAAAGGCUUGUAAAUGGUUGGCAGGUUGAGGAAGCUGAUGACUGGCUUCGGUAUGGGAAUCCCUGGGAGAAGGCGCGCCCGGAGUACAUGCUUCCAGUAAAUUUCUAUGGCAGAGUGGAGCACACAGCCGAAGGUGCUAAGUGGGUUGACACUCAGGUGGUGCUUGCAAUGCCUUAUGACACUCCAGUUCCCGGCUAUAAGAACAACACAGUGAACACUAUGAGGCUUUGGUCGGCAAAGGCGCCAAAUGAGUUUGACCUGAAAGAGUUUAAUGUUGGUGACUACAUACAAGCUGUUUUGGAUAGAAAUCUGGCUGAAAAUAUCUCCCGGGUUUUGUACCCCAACGACAAUUUCUUUGAAGGUAAGGAGCUGCGGCUGAAGCAGGAGUACUUUGUGGUCGCUGCCACUCUGCAAGAUAUUAUCAGGCGGUUCAAGUCUUCCAAGUUUGGAUGCCGAGACCCAGUUAGAACCUGCUUUGAUACUUUCCCUGAUAAGGUUGCUAUACAGCUGAAUGAUACCCACCCAGCACUUGCUAUUCCUGAGCUUAUGAGGAUCUUAGUAGAUGUGGAGGGCCUGGAGUGGGACAGGGCCUGGGAAGUAACAAAGAAGACUUGUGCGUAUACCAACCACACCGUUCUGCCCGAGGCUCUGGAGCGUUGGCCGGUUCACCUGUUUGAGAAGCUGCUGCCCCGCCACCUUGAGAUCAUCUAUGCAAUCAAUCAGAAACACCUGGAUGAAGUGGCAGCCCUGUAUCCUGGGGAUAUGGAUCGUCUGCGUAGGAUGUCCAUCAUUGAAGAAGGCGAUUUAAAGAGGAUAAACAUGGCACAUCUAUGUGUAAUUGGAGCUCAUGCAGUCAAUGGUGUGGCCAGGAUCCACUCCGAGAUAGUAAAGCACUCAGUCUUCAAGGAUUUCUAUGACAUUGAACCCGACAAAUUUCAGAACAAGACAAAUGGCAUCACCCCAAGGAGAUGGCUUAUGCUUUGCAACCCUGGCUUGGCAGACAUCAUUGCAGAGAAAAUUGGGGAAGAUUUUGUGACUGAUUUAAGCCAGCUGAAGAAAUUGUUGGAUUUCGUAGAUGAUGAGAGUUUCGUGCAUGACAUAGCCAAAAUCAAGCAGGAAAACAAGCUGAAGUUUGCCACCUACCUAGAAAACGAAUACAAAGUGAAAAUUAACCCUUCAUCCAUGUUUGACGUCCAAGUAAAGAGAAUCCAUGAAUACAAAAGGCAGAUCCUAAAUUGUUUACACAUCAUCACUCUGUACAACAGAAUCAAAAAAGAUCCAUCCAAAACAUUCGUGCCAAGGACAGUUAUGAUCGGGGGAAAGGCAGCUCCUGGUUACCAUAUGGCGAAAAUGAUUAUAAAGUUAAUUACAUCUGUUGCAAACGUUGUGAACAAUGAUCCAGUGGUUGGAGACAGACUAAAAGUGAUAUACCUGGAGAACUACAGAGUGUCUCUGGCAGAGAAAGUGAUUCCUGCCUCAGACCUGUCUCAGCAGAUCUCUACAGCAGGCACUGAGGCUUCCGGCACUGGGAAUAUGAAGUUCAUGCUGAACGGAGCACUUACCAUUGGUACAAUGGAUGGAGCCAAUGUGGAGAUGGCAGAGGAGGCUGGACAGGAUAACCUAUUUAUAUUUGGCAUGAGGGUGGAGGAUGUAGAAGCUCUGGACAAGAAAGGAUACAAUGCUCAGGAGUACUAUGAUAGAAUUCCGGAGCUUCGGGAAGCGAUCAACCAGAUUAAAGAUGGACACUUUUCUCCCCGGGAACCAGACUUGUUUAAGGAUGUUGUAAAUAUGCUGAUGUGCCACGACAGGUUCAAGGUAUUUGCAGACUAUGAGGCCUAUAUUAAAUGCCAAGCAAAAGUGGACCAAUUAUACAUGAACCUCAGGGAAUGGACCAAGAAAGUCAUCAAAAAUAUUGCUUGCUCUGGCAAGUUCUCUAGCGACAGGACGAUUAGUGAAUACGCUACUGAAAUCUGGGGGGUAGAACCAUCAGCCGUGAAGAUUCCUCCACCCAACAUACCCAGGGAUUAGCUCUACGCAGAUGCAUGUGCUCAUCGUUCCACUGGUAGUUUGGUUGGCUCAGGAUUAGUGUUUGUUCACCAGUUAUAAUCGCCCUCCCAUAAGAGCAUAGUCUUGUCUUUGGGGGAAGCUGAAUGAUUGUGUUCUACUCUAAGUCUCAAUAUUAUAACAUUUUAAUUUUAUUUAUUUAUAUGUAGAAUUGACCACAUGAAUGGAUACAUGCAGAUUCACAAUGGAAAGCAUUGACUUUGCCUGUAUAUUAUAGUCUCCCGACAUGUUUCUAAAUAACAGUCUGUGUUUGCUGCCACGCUUCAUGGUAAGCAGCAGAAUUCUGUGAACAAACCACUGUAGCCCACUAUCCAUUGGCACCCAUUUACACCUAGUAUAUCCGCCCUGUAUGAUCAAACGGGAAUCCUAGAUGUCACACCUCCCCGCUUGCAUUUCACUUUUACAGGUGUAUCAUUGUUUUAUGAGUUUUAUCACAGUUGUUUUAGUUUUUAUUACUAUUUUAGUGUAUAAACACCGUGUGAAUUGCUGGUGAAUCUGGACUGAGGCUUAGUUUAAAAUAAGCUUGUUCACAAAGGACGAGAUUGUAGGCAAUAAAAUCAGAGAGGAGACCCAUAUGCUAUAGGAUGGAGCAUCCUUGGCAGUAGAAUGGUCUGUAGACUACUAUUUUUGUGACUGGGGAAAAGCCCUGGCAGAGUUUGAAGUACUGUAAUAAAAGCGGUGUAGUAAGGAGUAACCCUCAUGCAAUCUUAGUCUUAGGUGUCAGACCACACAGAGUAAACACUUUCCAGUGCCACAAUGGUGCAUCAGUAUGUGAAAGUCAUAUCCAUGCUCUCCGAAGAUGAUGAGCAAGCUUUGUGUGAAGCAUUAUAUUCCAUGUGUUUGUUUCCGCAUUUGUUGUGUGAUUCCAAAGUACUGUAUUUCUGACUAAAGAUUUGCACGUUAACUCCACCUUCAAGCUUGUGGGACUCAGCUUCAAUAAACCUAGUACCUAA